AUGAAAGGCGAGUUAAUUUGGAGCUCCCUUUGCUUAGUUAUUGACAAAGAUAUCAUCGAAGACACUGGGUUGGAUCCUCGCUUCAUUUUGAAUUAUCUUACACCGACCGUUGACCUUUGUCACCUAACCGGUAUCAGUCGCGAAGCCACCCAAGUCCAAUCCGAUUUGGACAUUGUGGCGCUUUAUGGCACGAUCAUCAAUCGAUCGCCAUGGGAAUCCAUUCACGCCAGGAAUGCCCUUACGGUGCUUCUCAAUACUCGUCACGAACUUGCGCCAUUAGAAAGCUCUGCACACAACUCGCUAGUCGCCGAGAUUGAGGCGGACAAGUUUUGGCCAAAUUUUACCUGGCAAUACGAGCCUUUCCCUACGGAUGACCCUACGUCGGCUGAGGACGUGUUCAUCCUUGUCAGAGGGUCAUUGCUUGAACGAGAAAAGUUCACGUCUGAGAUCCUCUCUGGCACUGAUCACAAGUCAGGCUUUUAUGAUAGAGCCAAGAAGAAAGAUAUACGAUACAAAGUUCCAGGAAAAGGUCGUGCGAUGGUUUUCCUCUCCACGUUUCUGGACGACCGCCCUGACAAAGUCGAGCAAUGGCUGACUCACACCUAA